AUGCGGUCCGGCUUGGAUAAACCUGGCGCGCUUCCACUCCUCGCCUUGGUUGUGUUUUCACUACUCACAUUGGUGCCAUCGCUAUCGAAUAUUUAUAAUUUGAAGCUCGCCGACUUUAGCUUCUACCCCGGUACAUCACGCCAGGUUCCCCUGAUUCAAGAUGGAUCUGCCGAAAUACCCCCGAACGCACACCCCGUGAACGACCCCAGGAACCCAUGGCUUCUCACAGGCCCCCGGCGAUCGCGUGUGAACCUCCAAUCGCGCACGUCGCGCAUUGGAGGGGCCGCUGCAAUUCCAGCCAGCGAGACGACCACCGUCGCGAAUAAAAGUCGAAUUUCGUCCGUCGCCCGCGAAUCAUCCUUCUCAUUUACCCGAAGGGCCCACGCAUUCAGAACUUAUUUCAUCCAACAACUAGAAGACUAUCCAUUCCUCACCCCGUUCUCGAACCGCUCCGUGACAGUUUCCACCGAUGCAUACCCCACCAUCACUGUGGAUGAAUCCACUCUUCCGACCCCCGAUAUAGACCAUAAAACCACGACAUCCUCAUCUUAUCAUUCCUCCCACGACAUUCACGAAACAGGGCUGCAGCUCCCUGAAUCCUUCCAGAAGGUGUGCCAGCAGGCCUGCCAUGCCACCAUUGGUUUUGGAAAGCGAUUGGCGCUUUCCGGGGCAACAUAUGCCAAAUCCAUAUUUUUCACAGACGACCAACAAGACGUCCAAACAACAUUAAUACCUCACCUCAAGUCCCCUCCCGUCCCAGACGAAGACCAAAAAAGUUCACCUCCCGUCCCGGCUCAACAGAAUGUUGGUGCUGAGGAAGCCACCGAUGCUGCUGCUGGUCGGCACUCGCAGGAGCUCCACGGGAGCUGUAUGGCUGUGGUGAUUGGCCUGGUGGCGGGCAUCAUGUGGUUCUAG